AAUCAUGAUUAGAAGUCAAUAUGACAUCAAAAUAAUCGCUAAAGUUGCUCGAUUUUAUAUAUGCAUAAUUUUUGUAUCAGCUAUAUAUUUAGCGCCUUAAAACUUAUUUUCUAGUUUGGAAUACCGAAAUCUAUGACACUGCAAGCAAAGAAGUCAAUAAUUUUGUGUCCCCUAUAGUAAAACAUAGCCAUAAAAUUAUGUUAAAAAAGUAGGUUAUAUUUAAAUAGUAAAGACAUUAAUUUAUUUUUAUUGAAUUAAUUAACAGUUAAAGGAUACACAAAUGAAAUACAUAACCUCAAAACAUUCAUAAGUGCUUUUGUUUUAUAUUUAAAUUACUUAUGUGAAAUAAUAUGUAAAUCAAUGUUUUCAAUACAAUAUCGUAUUGUGUCACGAAAAAUACAUUUCCACAACAAAAUACAAAAUAUGGAAAUAUCAACAGUAAAACAAAUUUUUCGAUGCAUUUUUACUGACAGCACAAAAUAUAAUAUAGUGAAACAAGCAAAAGUUAUGAAUAAAAUUAUAAACAAAAACAAACCAAAAAGGGGGUCAAUCGAUAAUAACAUAAAUCCUUGUGCACAUGCAACUUCAACAAGUAAACUUUCUAUAUAUACAGUGCGAAGGAUGAUUGUUCUAAAUAAGGUUUUUAUGAAAUAUAUUACAGAUUUAAUGUCAACUGGAGAGAUAGUUCCUGAGAUUCUAAAUAAGAAUAUAGAGAUUUCUCAUGUUAAAGUAACUGCAGAUUUUAAACUCAUUAAUGUAUAUUGGAUAGACAAUAAUACUAAGAAUACUGACAUAGAAGAACUUUUACAAAAAUGUGCCUUUCAAUUGAGGCAUGAAUUGUCUCAACUUCGUGUUAUAGGGAUUGUACCUCCUAUUCAAUUUGUCAAAUGUAAAGGUAUAAGUAUUUUAAGGGAAGUAGAACAAAAAUUGAAGAUUAUGGACUUUGGGGAAGAUCAUGUAUCUAGUCCAUAUCCAGAUGCUAUACAACAGACCAUUACUGCUUCUGGAACUUCUGAUGUUAAUCAAAAUGAUGAGAAUGUUGAAAAUGAUAACCUUAGUGUUACUUUACCAGUAAUGAGACAUGAUGUACUUGGAUUAGAUCAUUACCGAAUUAUGUCUCAGAUAAAAUCCUCAUUAAAUAAAUCAAAAAAAUUUGCGAUAAAACAAAUAGAAAACAUACCAUCCUUGAAUUCAUAUUCUACAUCAGAUAUAAAAAAUAGCACAAAUUUUGUAACUAAUAUGGAACAAGAGAGUGAGUUUAAGCAAUUUUUAUAUCAAAGACGAAAAGAACAGAAAAAGAAAAUGAAGAAAUAUCGAGUAGAUAAUUCUAUUUAUGAUUCUGAAGAACAAAGUGACAAUGAUGAUCUUGGAAAUGAUUAUGAUGAUUUCACAGAAAACAAUUAUGAUGAUUUUGACAAUUAUGAUGAAAACAUUGAUUAUUACAAAAAACAUUAAGGACAUGAUAAACAAUAGGGAAUUGAUAGCAUAUAAACAGAUAUUGCAUACUAUAUGAUGCUGCAAGGAAACCACCCAUUGAAUGACCUAACAGCACAAAUUUUUCUAACUGCAUCUCCCUGCGCCAUUCCUCUAUGGAACGAACUAGUUGACUCUCAGCUACUUGUGCUUCAUUACUAAAAACAGGACGAC